CCGUUUGCCCGUCAGGGAGUGAAGAUGUACUUGGAUCUGCAGUUUGCAGAGGAGGAGGGUGAUGAUCCAGGCGAAUAGGCUGGAGACGAGGUGAGUGUUCAACCGCGCUUGAGGUGACGUAGGAGGGCUCUACUGACCUGGAAGCAGUCAGCAAAUGAUCGAUAUCUUCCGCAAGGUCCCCGAGAUGCUCAUAGAUUCCGGCGCGCCGAAGGACGGCUACGGUUCGGCAGUCAUGAUGGCACACCCACCGUCCUCACGUUACUACCGCCCUGAACUUGCUCGUCUGGACGAUGCGUCCGUCUCUUACGUCCCCGCGAAGGUGGAGACCGGCGACCAUUUCGAUGCGUGGACGAGGAAGCACAUGCGACCGGGCAACGCCGUACAGACCGCUCCUCCGAUCAACGCACCAUCCACUGCUGUUCAUAAGAGCGCGCCGUUAGAGGCGGAGUCGACCCAGACGCGCAGUCCACCGGCAUCGCUCAAGCACCAGCAACCGGGAAACACCACGCCUGCCGCUACCCCACUCGACGCACUAUCCAGUGCUGUCCAUAAGAGUGUGACGCCCGAGACAGAGGCAGAGUCGACUCAGACGCAGACGCAGACCCCGACGCCAACGCUCAAGCGCCAGCGACCGGACAACGAGCCCGCAGAAGAGCCUCAGCGGUCUCCAGUAAAGCGGCCGAAGCUCGACAUCCAGGCCCGAAAGCCUUCAAACCCCUCGAAGGUUGCGCCGAUGCUACCGACGGCCACACAGGCGCCAGCAGACCCAGAACCUUCAUCCUCAAACCAUUUCGCAGCCUCGGAGACUGCUACAAAGUAUGAGAGCGAUCGGAGCGGGGGAAGGGUGUCAGGCGCCUCUGCGAGCCCUACUCCACAAGUAGGAAAGAAGCGCAGCCUCGAAGACCCGGACGGUGUAGGAACGACUCCUACGAAGAAGCCUAAAAUGUUACACCCAGCUACUGCGCCGCAGCCGUCGCUGGAUCCGGCCACGAAGUCACCGGCGCCUCAGCAGCCCAAGUUCUCAGUCCCCGAGGUCCUUGAGAUGGUUGAUGCCAGAAUGCGGGCAUACAUGGGUGGUGGGCUUAAAGAAGCCUCCAAGAUUCCGGAGUUCCGGAAGUUGUUGGUGCAGCGGAAGAAGUUAGUCGAGUUUAUGGCGGCACAGCAGCAGCAGUUGAAGGCGGCGAAUCCGAAAGCAGCUCCGACUGGGAUUGGGGUUGGCUCUCAGAAUGCCUAGGCGGUUGGUCUAACGCUUUCGUAGUCUCGAAGUCGAGGAAUGUGCUGGCGAGAAAUAGUAGCGAGUUUAGCUCUGGUCG